AUGCCCGACCCUUCGCAACCCAACUCAGAUCCGGACCUGGACUCCAUCUCGUCCCGCAUCUCCCCCGCCUGCCCGCCUGAGACACAGCGCAUCCUGACGGCCGCGUGGGCGCACGACAUCGAGACGAUCAAGAAACUGCUCGACGCUCCCGGCAAGGCGAGCUGUCAGGACCCCAACACGCGCGAGACUCCGCUGCACGCGGCAAUCCGCGCCUGCGGACCCCCGACCGACGAAGACGACCCGGCCGACCUGGAACGGGCGAAGAAAACCGUCUACGAACUGCUGCUGUGGGGCGCCAUCUGGAACGAUGUCGAUGACCGCAACGAGACCCCCGGUUGCGUAGCCCGCCGGCUGGGGAGGGAGGAGUUGUAUAACCUGUGUGUGGAGGCCGGGGUGAGGGCCGAGAUGUUGUUUGGGGUCAUGGAGGGGUACGAGCAGCUGGGGAGUGAUGUGGAUGGGGAGGAGAUAGAGGUCGUGGAGGGGGAUGGGAAUGAUGCCAAUGGCGAUGGCGAUGGCGAUGCGAACGGGGAUGAGAGCAUGGUGAUUGUCGGCGAGGAGGAUGGGGACGAGGCGCCCGAGUUGGUUGACGUUGAGGGCUUGAAUGGGCGGGACAGGGAGCCCGUCGAAGUCGAUUCGGAAGCCUACCUGCGGUCGAAACUGACGUACUCGGACGGGAAGCUCGUGGAUGAUGACGGAAACGGGGUCAUGAUGGCGUGGGAGACGGAUAUCAUGCGCCGCAGCGUCGACGCCCUGCUGCCGGGGAAGGAGCCCGGGAAGAGGAUCCUCAACAUUGGCUUUGGCAUGGGCAUCAUUGAUACCAUGUUUGCCGAGACUCGGCCUGCGCGCCACCACAUCAUCGAGGCGCAUCCUGGAGUAUUGGAACACAUUGCCAGCCCGGGAUCCAAGUUUGGAUCGUCCUGGGAAGAAAGUGGUCCGGAACCGGGUGCAUUCAAGGUCUACCAGGGGAAGUGGCAGGACGUGUGCCAGCAGCUUCUUCAGGAAGGACAAACAUACGACGCGAUUUACUUCGACACGUUCGGUGAAGACUACUCGCAGUUGCGCAUGUUCUUCACCGAGUUUAUCCCUGGCUUGCUGGACGGCCAGGGCAUCUUUAGCUUCUUCAACGGCCUUGGUGCGGACCGUCAGAUCUGCUAUGACGUCUACACCAAGGUCGCUGAACUGCACCUUGCUGACGCUGGCCUUGAUGUUGAUUGGCAAGCAAUAGAUGUUGACAUGUCGCAACUGGCCGAGGCAGGCAAAGGCGAAUGGGAAGGAGUGAAGAGGAGAUAUUGGACCUUGGACAAAUAUCGGCUCCCUGUUUGCACGUUCCUAGGAUAA